AGAGAGAGAGAGAGAGAGAGAGAGAGAGAGAGAGAGAGAGAGAGAGAGAGAGAGAGAGUUUUACCACUGUUGACUGUCAGCAGUGUCACUGCUCCUUUGAGCUUUUGGCAGUAGAGGCAACUCCACUCGCCCACUCCACACACGCAGCGGUAACACGCUGACUGAACCGCCUCCACUUCAGCUCAAACUCCACUUCAGCGGACUACUUCAACAGGACGGCUGCUUAUCUGCCUUUUCUCUGGCGGUUUCAAGAGCUUUUCAAAAAGUUCCAAUUCUUUUUUCCCUCAUCUCUCAUGGACCAAUUUUAACUCUUUGUAAAAGGGACUUUUUUUCUCCUACAUCUACAGUUCAGAUGUGUGGAACAUGACAGAUAUGUUUGCUUCAAAUGCUACAGGACGCGGGAUGUGCAUGACUUUCAGGAUGCUUGAAGGAGAGAUGAAACAGAAUUGAUGCUGUUGUUCAAGAUUUGGAGAUGCGGUGGUAUAAAAUGCAAGAUUAAAUGCAACAUCAUCAUGGUAUAUCAACUGCUUUAGAGGUUUCCAGCACCUAGCUAUGUCUCUUUGCUGCUGCUUGUUUCUGAUAUUCAGUAUGAAAAAUUGCAUGCCUUGAUCUCUGAAUACUGAAACAUGGCAAAUCUGACAAGCACCACUCUACCAUCCAAUGUGAGCAGCAGUCUAUCAAUCAAUACGACGUCUCUAGGGAGUGAAGGACAUGGGUUGGGGUCCUUGGGGCUGUUCAUCCUGGUGAUCAUCAUCACCAUUAUCGUUGUAGGUAACCUUCUGGUCAUCAUUGCUAUCGCACGCACCUCCCAGCUGCAGACCACGACAAAUAUCUUCAUCAUGUCACUGGCAUGUGCUGACCUCAUAAUGGGAGUGCUGGUGGUGCCACCGGGUGCCACGAUAGUCGUAACGGGGAAAUGGCAACUCAAUAAGACUUUGUGCGAUUUAUGGACAUCAGUUGAUGUGUUAUGUGUAACCGCCAGCAUAGAGACCCUUUGCAUCAUUGCGGUGGAUCGGUAUAUUGCAAUCACGCGGCCUCUACGGUAUAAACUGCUCCUGAAUAAGUGCAAGGCUCGAAUUAUCGUUUGUGUCGUGUGGCUGGUCUCGGCACUAAUCUCCUUCGUCCCCAUUAUGAAUCAGUAUUAUCGUGUGGAUGAGAAAGAAGCAAAAAAAUGCUACGAUGACCCCAAGUGCUGUGAUUUAGAAAUAAACAUGCUCUUUGCUAUCAUUUCGUCAGUGGUUUCGUUCUACAUCCCACUACUCAUCAUGAUUUUUGUCUACGCACGUGUCUUUCUCAUUGCCACACGACAGGUGCAGCUCAUCAACAAGAACCGUUUGAGAUUCCAAAAUGAGUGCAUGGGAAAUCAGGUACUGCCGACGCUCCAAGGCAACAACAACUUGCCUUCGACGUGCAAUAAUGUCGGAGGAAUGACGGCAAGGCGGAAAAGUUCCCAAAGGCGACCGUCGAGAUUAACCGUCGUCAAGGAGCACAAGGCCCUCAAGACGCUGGGCAUCAUCAUGGGCGUCUUCACACUCUGCUGGUUGCCUUUCUUCAUAGUGAACAUCAUUAAGGUCUACCAUCGAAACUGGCUGAACCAGGACGUUUUUCGUCUCUUAAACUGGUUAGGCUACAUCAACUCCGGCCUCAACCCCAUCAUAUACUGCCGAAGCCCAGAGUUUCGUGCGGCCUUCAAGAACCUUCUUGGCUGUCCCUGGAUACCCUCUCUGAAAAUGAACUUCCUUUUCAAGGGGCUUCGGACUCGAUGCCCCUGCUUCUUGGGGUCUGCUGAGCCAGGAAUGCCUGGAUCGUUCCAGAAGUCCACAAUAUCGCAAGAGACACUGCCUGAGGAUGGGAGCAGCCAGAGCAGCUACAGGAGCGAGGUGCCGUCGCCGGGACAGCCGCACUCUAACGGAAGCACCUUCUUCAGUGAAUUGUCCGAAGCCGAGGCAGAGUUGGGGGAUGAAGAUCUGUGAGAAGUGCGUCAAGAUUGAGCCGGGCAGUGCUGAAGUUGUCUCGGAUUACAGAGCAAUUGGACGUGCACAACAUUUCACACAAAAAUGAACAACUUGUUAUGGUACUGCUUACGGUGGAAUGUGAAACAGCCAGGUGAAGUUUGUGCAGGGGGAGAAAAUACAAAUCUUAGGCUCAUAAUUGCUCGUGUUUAUAGCUGGAAUACACAGAAACAAGCGGGCCAGUCAAACCUAAUGCAGAUGAAGCUUCCUCGGUGGAGCUACAACACUUAAUGUUUUGGAGGGAAAUUGGCAUGAUGAAGAAUUUUUGCUUUGGUUUUAACAUUUUGGCACUAUCUUUAAAAAAGCAUGUGUCAGAAGAAAAGUAUGAGGAAUGGAACAGGACACAAGCUCUGAUAGAAAGAGAAACCAUGUGCUCUAAAGCUGGCCUUUUUUCUUAAAUGCUCAAGAGAACUAACCAUCUUAAAAGAAGCACACUUGCACUUUUGUUUAUUUUUGUUGAACUUUAAAUUUUUGAUAAUAGUGAAGUUAAUUCUUUAUAAUAAAAAAAAUUGUCUUUUUAAUUGUACAAUUACUUCACAGAGAACACUAUGAAAAGUGAAAACUAAUAUACAAAAUAUACUGUAUAUCACAUGGAUAUACAGAUAUCCAUAUUAAAAUUAGCCAUGAGACCAGACUACACAGUCUGCAAAUUUAACUAUAUUUUCAGUGUCACUUCAACGAAAAGCAGCAAAAAUCAUGCUGCAUUCUCUAGACAUCAAAAAUGAGAGUAAGAAAAAAAAGGCACAAUGUCAAAUAAUGUUCUCUUAUUUCGUUAAAGACCUUAAUUUCUUCACCCAGACCAAAAUUAUAAAUAGUCCAACAUUGUCCACAGGAACAAACACUUCAGUAUUGUUUUGUUUCCUAAUGCAUUUGCAUUAGUCAGAUUUACAAUGCAAAUAGCGAUCCGAUAAUUGUGGGUUUUUAUCCAGAUAGUAUGGUAGUUAUUUUAAUGACCCACUGGAAGAGGCCAAUUGUAAAGUAGUUGUGUUUUUGUGUUUUUUGUCAAUUGUAUAAACUCUGCUUCUGCAACACAGAAACUAAAUAUUUAAACUACAUUACAUAUUUCCAAACAUAAACAAUAAAAAAAUAAAAAAAAUUGGUGUCAAAAUAAAUUUUUGGUAAACAUGUCACAGAUAAUAAUAACAAAAAUCAACAUAGGAUUUUAAAUUCCCUAAAAUUACUAAAACUGGAUACUGUUUUUGCUCUGUUUAUAGAGGCUUUUCAGGAAAGGUUUUUCCUAGAAGAGGGGAGACACACUUGACUAUCACAGUACAGGGUUUACAGCAGCUGUUACAGGGGUCUGGGUGGGCAAGCCCUGGAGACAUUUCCUAGCCACAAAUGAAGUGGAAACAAUGCACACGCAUACGCAUAUCACAUCCAAACACAGUCAUGUGUGCCAGACACUACAGCAGAGACAUUUUUUUUUAAUCUUGGGUUUUGAGGAAAUAAUAAAAAGAGCACAAUGCUUUCUCUCUUUCAAAAAAUGACCAAAAAUUGGUACAAUUAUAUUUUUGUUGAUUCAAUACAUCCCGCUAUAAAUAGAAGGCACUUUUAUUGUGAAUUACAGAUUUACAUCAAAACAAACAAUCCAACUGAAUUGUAAGAUUCCAUUUUUACAAUAAUUAUUGUUAAGUCUUUAUUUGUAAUUUCAAAUUAUAACAUAAGAGACUGAUCUCGCGCUAUACAAAAAACUUUUUUUUUUUUUUUUUUUUUACAAAUGCAAAACUCAUUUUUCUUGAGGACAUGAAGUUCGAGCUGCUGAAUCCACAGCAGACUUCAUGUAAGGAGAAAAGUGUUGCGGUGGAAACCGAAAGGCAAAAGCGGAGAGAAAGGAACAACUCAGAAUCCAGUCAUUCUGUGCGACUUCAAUCUCCAAAUGCUUAAAGCAGCGAGUUCACGGGUGUCAGGUAGCCCAUUUCAACAAACAAAUCACAUUAAUCAGCGUAUAGCUCACCAACUUACAAGUACAUGGAGUAAAAUUUGAUCAGCCCUGUGGUGUCUGAAGGCCUUUUACGUAAACUGUGUACUUUGGUUUAUCGUACACCGUGACCAGGUCUCAAGUGAGAUUCAUUAAACACGAGGCAGCUUGAACAUUAUGUCUAGCACAAUGUAAUAAGACAAAAUGAGCAUUUAGAGUAUUUUUAGUGCAGCGUAUUAUGAAAGUUGCUCUUGUAGACAUACAGUUAUUCAAAUAAUGACAGAUGGGAGAUAAUGGCAGUGUGUUUUGUUUAACUGGAAGUCAACAUUUUGCCGCUCCUUGCUGCUGAUGGGUACAUUUUGUGUUGCUGGCAGAAACAUGUAUAUGAAGUCACAAUGAUUACUUUGUGUUUCAGAGUACAUUGAGAAUGGUUGAAAGGCUGUGUAUGUGUAUUGAUUAACCCUUCAUGAGACAGCGCAUUUGUUGCAAUUGUUUUCUGUGAGCAAGCAUGCAUUUUUCAUGCAAUAUGAAUUUUGGAAGUGUGAUGUCAAUUGUAUAUAACUGCUGUAGAAACUAAAUAUGGAUUGAUUGUUGUCUGUAAAUUUGUUGCUACCACUGAAUUAACUUAUAUGGGUGAGAAUGAGGUUUCUUUAGUGUUUCUGGCAAGUUUUAGGGCCCCUCUGUUGCUCCUCUGACACCCCUAGGAGCUGAUAAACUUUAUCACUGAAACACAACACUUCCGCCUUUGAGGAGAAGCUGUUUACGACCUAAACAGAGCAAGCGCAGUGAAUGCUCAAAACGAAGGCAAGAUAGUAAGCAAAUUCUUGACACGAACCUCAAUUUCUGCUUGGAAAUGAGAGAUAAAUUUUUUGUUUCAUGUCAGGAUUUCGAAGACUUCAACUAAAAAUAAAAAAAAAAAUCAACUAACAAAAGUUUACACAGCCCGACAAAAAAUAAAUACAUUUUUUAAAUUAAAAUAAAUAAAUAAAUAAAUAAAUAAAUAAGAAGAGGGUGCCACUGUAUCCUAAAAUUAAAGGCUUUUUUUUUAAUUCAACUGACAAAUUACAUAAUCACUGUUUAUUCAAUUUAUUAUGCAAUAUUAACUAUAUUAAAUUUUAUUAUCUGUAUACGCUUAUUAUAAAAUACAAUUAAUUUAUCAAAGCAAC